AUGCAACCCAUUCAAGAUGAAUUUAACAAGUUAGCUGUCUCCUUUUAUUUUCAUUUGGUUUAUGAAGUUGUCUCGAAUUCACUGUUCGGUCGGGGGGGUCAUCGGCCGAAGACGAGCAGCGUCCGCCUGCAUCUCCACGAGCCGGGCGUGGCGCCUAGCCUCCUCCGUCUUCUGCCCAGCCUCAGCUCAUCCGGCCUCCAGAGCAGCCGAGUCCAGCCCACAGGGUACCUCUUGAAACCGGACAUCGUUCGCAGGGCCCAAGGUCGUCGUGGUGGCGAGGUGACGACAUCCCCAGCUCCCAUCUACUCGUCGGAUCAUGGGGAGGAAGCGCCAGAUUGGACCGAGCUAAGCUCUCCUGCAUUGAGUCUGCAUUCUAACUGUACCUCCGUUCGAGAAUCUAGUUGCUCCUCGUCUCUUCGUGAACCGAACCCAGCUUCUUCCACAGCCUCCACAAUCUUCGGGGGUUCGAGUGGAUCGCGGCGUCACAUCAGCCUAGGGCUGGUUGGAUCCCUCACGUCCGCCUCGCCAACCGUUUCCCUCGGCUCAUCAUGUGGAGGCCUGGCGACGCUGACUAGCGAGCGCGGGGAAGACGAGUCGUUUGGAGGUAGCCGUCAAGUGGUGAGAGUUUUCGGCCAGAGUCACGCCGAAGAAUUGAGGCUCGAGGUGGAG